AGUCUAAAAGAUGGCGUCUUUAAGGGUUAGAACUUGGUGAGAUUGGUGUUGUGAACUUGGGGAAAUGUGACAACAAUACUUCAAAUGUAAAUUCUAUCGGACAAUCGGGUAUUUGAAAAAGUGGACUUAGACUAAGUCCGUUUGUAAAGGGACGUUCAGUGCUUGAAAAACGAAGGCUUUGUCGGAGUCGAGUUGAAUUUUCGCCAUUGAAGUUUUGCCUCUUCCAACGUUGUAAAUACAACUUUAAGGAUUUAAGUUCAAGUUGGAUUUUCUUCGAAAAAGGCUUAACACCGGAAGCAAUAUUAUAAUGAUAUUAAUGCUCUUCAAACAAAAUCGCUCUAAAAAUAAUCAUGUCAGCAAAUGUUAAAAUAAUUCUGGGAUUGACUCUGAGAUUUUUUACGAUCUAUUCAAAUUUUCGAACUUAGUUAACUUAUUUCAAAUAAAUAUAAAGAAGGAUCUUCACAAACCUCUACAGGGCAUUCAUAAGGGCUGUGAGAAUAAGGCCAGUGUCCUUUUCAGAACAUGGAAACAUUAUUAUGAUUAUUCCUCAGAAGUGGGGAGUUUGGAAAAUAUUCAUUAUGCAUUCCAAAACCUUUACCAUGAGUGAUUUCUUGGAUGCAGAAGGAGAUGAAAUGCUCCUUCUGAGGCUGGAGGCAUUAUGUGAGGAUAAAUGCGAUGACUUGGCUCUUAAAUUGGCGGCUGCUUAUGUUAAGCAUAUGAACGUUUCUAAUGUGUUUAAUAAAUUCGAUAUCAACCAAAUCAAUGACAUUGUGCUUGUACUAUUGUACAAAUAUGAUAAAACUCAAGAAAUAAUUGAAAAAGUGAAAAUGAUGAAGCUGGACGAUGGACUUCAAUUAUUGCAGAGGUUCGGUGACCACUGUAAAAGUGUUAAACGUAUUUGGAAGUAUAGUGACAAAGUGAUAGAAAUUGCUUCUCAUACCAUUCUCGCCUCAGCGAUGGUAAAAGUCAUGACGUCCGAAGAAGAUCACAAAUUGUUGUUUGAUUUGAUAUCCCAAUGGGCUCUUAUACAUAUCCCGAAAUUUAUCAAUAUAAAUUCGAUGGCUCCUAUUGAAAACAUGGUUAGAAAAAUUAUUAAAACGGCCGAGUCAUCACUUCAUGUGUAUAUAUUCACACAAGUUUUGAGAAAGCAGUCUGUUUUUCAGUUUGGUGAAAAAGUGAAAAACUUAUGCGUGGAACUUUAUAUAAGAGCGUUGACUGCGAACAUGAACGAAAUAGAACAGCAAAAAAUAACAAACGAUAUAGCAAAAAUCAACGAAGCGGAAAGCAUAUUGGCCGAUGGAUUUUUACAACUAGGAGAGCUUCUAAGCUGUAACAAAUACGUGUGUCGAGAAUGUUUAUUGACAGCGUUUUCCUUAAAACCGACAAAUGAAGUUCUUGAAAAGAUCAAAGUUCAUGCUGCUGAAUAUAAUAACAACAAUUCGACUGAAGCAAAACAGAGUUUCACAUCGUCAGAACAAUCUAAUUCGAGUUGGCCAAGAGACUCAAAUCGAACACCUUCCUCCCAAGAAAACACGAACAUAGAUAUAGGUUUGAAUUUACUAGAUUCAGAACUCUCAGGCCUUGCACCACAUCUAGCUGACGACUUAUCAACAGUUAUAAGUGGGCCGAGAUGUCAAUUAUUAAGCUGGUCUAUGGGCUGGGAACACCUACUUAAAGAAUGCGAAAAGUACAUGGCUGAUUAUAACAGUUCAAGGCAUAAGAACAAGGAGUUGAAAUUCUUGAAUUUAGAUUAUUCACUAUUUAAAGAUUGGCCGUCGCAAACGAUGGUGUCUACAGGUAUUGAAAAGGGUUACGAGCAUCUAGUCGAUGUCCCGAAAGUCAAGCAGAAAAGAAAGAAAUCUGUAAAUUCAAAUUCUAAAAAUAUCAAUAACAAAAAAGGUAACGUGUUUAACGUAUGUGGAGAAGUAAUAACAGACUCGUCAUUUACAUCCAGUGACAGUGAAAGCAGCCAGUUUUCAUAUUCAGCCAUCUCAUCUUCAUACAAACCGAAUCGGCCAUUUGUUGAUCAGUCUCUCAACGACAGCAACUCGAGUGUUAUGGAAACUGCCAAUUAUUCCAAUAAUCCAAUAUCCAACACUGGUACAGGACCUGAGUUUAAUUGCACUACACCAGUUAGCAAGAUGGAAGACCAAGAGAAAUGGAAUUUGCAACAGCCUUGCAGUAUUUAUAAGUCUUCGAGCCCGUUACCUGCUGAAGUCCCUCCGGCCGCUUUGAACAACAGCAUCAUAAAGGGCAAAUUCAUACCGAUUCUCCAGUCGCUGAAUUUAAACCCAAAAGUUUUACUGACUGAUAUAUUAAAUUUGAAGAAACAACCGGUGAAAGAGACUGUUGUAAAAGGUGGUAUGCCGGAUCGAGAAAAUCUUGAUAUAUUGGCUCAAGCCGUUAUGAGAAGUGACAUAUUGUUGGCGAAAUCCGUCCCAGGUAUGAACUCGCUUGACAUGAUAAUUCCUCAACCACAAGAAACGACUGUGCAGGUAGUUCAAAUUUCCAGUUCCACUAAUUCUUUGUUGACUCAGUCAGUUUCGAAUUCCGGCGUUUCCCAAAAUAUUCAACAGAACUCUCUUCAUUCAAGAGCAAAGCCACCAAAUGAUAAUGUGUCUGAAUCAUCGCAUUCUCAAAAUUCUUUUAAUCAAGGUGUUGAGUCGAACUCUUCGGACAAUCGUUCAGUAGUGUAUUCUAUACAGUCAGGCCAAUCUGUUCCAACAUCACACACUUCCGUGGCGACUACUACUACAUCUAAUUUGACUAUAUCCGGGUCACAGAUAUUGCUUAAUAAUACAAAUCCGACUUUAGUGGCGAACAGAGUGCAAGGUUUAAAACCGAGCCUCAGUACCCAGACCACUGACCAACUGGCUGAAGAUCAUCGUGGAGAUAGCACAGUAGAAUUAUCUUCACUGAGUUCCCAAGACUCGGGAACACAAGUAACUUCUCACAUUCAAAGUAUAGGACAGCCUCAUAAAUUAAAGCUGCAAUCAGAGCCAAAUUGUACAAAUAAAAAUUCGACUACGAAUAGUAGCAGUAGUCAAACCAGUGCCAUGGAAGAAGCUCAUAAAUCUCAGUCCCAAGGGAAUCCUGUGUACCGUUUGGUCGUAAAAGAUGGAAGAGUUAUCGAACAGUACUUCCAAACAAAUCAGACAUUAGACCCAGUUUUAUCCAUUCCCGAUAGUUCUGGACCGGAAAACGCUUCAACAACCGCUCAAACAUACAAUCAAAAUCAGUUUAUCAAAUUGUUGAAUAGAAAGAAAGAAUUCAAAACUAAAGAAGAGUUACUUGCUCAUAAAGUGUUAGAAAACGAACUGUUGCCUCCGAGUCUUCCAAAAUUCCACCAAGUCUUUAGGCGUCAAAAAUAUCAGAGUGGACCCGCAUUACCAGUAGAAAACAAUAGUGUAAUGUCUUCCCCGACACAUUUUGAAAGUAACUCGCCUAACAACGAUAAACUGGAAGUACGUUCGACAACUCCGAUAUCUAAAGGUGUUCAAACAGUAUCAAAAGAGGCUGAAAAUACUUCAAAAAAUUUGACUGAAAAAUUACGAAGUGAUGCUACCGCUCAAGUCGCUGUUCCAUCUACAUCAGUACAGAGUGAUUCUGUAGCCAGUUCUGCGACUUCAGAAAUAAAAGAAAACAGGGCAUCAUCCGAUUGCCAGCCUUCAAGUGGAGUAAUUUUUACAUGUAAAGUACCGAUUUCUAUUUCCAACACGGGCCUUCUACAAGGCAAGCCAGUUACAAUUCUCAAAGCCACCUCUACAGCAGAUGUAAUCAUUCCAAACCCAAAGAUUGAAACUGAAAUUAGAAAUAAAGAUUCAGUCAUAAGGAGUAACAUGAAUGCUUUACUGGCUGCAGCUCUUCAAAGUAAUCCACCAAUAAAACAUACAGUAAUAAACAAUAAUGCAAACUCUGGUCAAAGCCCGUCUAAUGUAAAAAACAUAAAAAUUGAAACUCCAAAAAACCCCGAUGUGUUAGGAGGCAUGUCAAAAAUAAGAAUGCCCACUCCAGCACCCAAAACGUUCAGAAGGCAUUCCGUAGUCCCACAAGGUCCGUCUAGAUUUGUAAGGCCGCUUCUACAAGUGUCCACUGGAAAUAGCAUGACUCAGACAGGCCCACCUGUGGUCACAAUCCCCCUUCCUGCUAGAACUGUUGUACUCGCCACAAAUCUCAACCAAAAUUCUUUGAAUAAUUUAUCCAAAAUUGAAACAAGAAGAGAACAAAUUAAUCCAGAUCAGUCUGUUAGCUCUACGACAUUAGAACAGCUUCGAGAAUUUGAAUCAGUAUUAGAACAAGUCACAAACACAUCUCAAAUGAAAGAGAGGGGCAAUGUGAAUAAGAAAAAUGAUCAAAAUUUGCCUCAUUCGUCUGAAAAUUCCGAUUUCAGCCAAAAUUCUUCAAAAGUUAACUCUAUGUUCCAGCCUUCAAUUGUUAAUACUAUAUCUGAUAUGAAUUCAGAUAGAGUAAGUUUAACAUUUAUUAGCAAAGCAAGUCCUGCAAAUACUUCAAAUAGUACAGUUACUUUAGCCACCUCCAAUGCUCCGAAAAUAACUACAAACACGCCAGUAGUAGUCGUUCAGAGUUGUAGUCGACCCCUUGCUUCGCCAGCAUUAAGUAUUGCUUCUCAGACUUCUAGUCCUGCUCCCCAAACUCCACCUGCAAACGCUCAGUCAAAGCUCAAUGCUAAAAUCAACAAACCAAAGACAAAAUCGUCAGUCGGUAAAACCGCUCCGACGACCACGCUUAAAGUCUCGACUCUGCCGAAACCCCAACAAAAACCCCAGGAAGAUGAACAAACUACACAGCGCAUUUAUGCUAUUUUAGACAAAUAUGCCGAACAGCUGAGAAAUUCUCCAGAGUUGAAAAAUAAGCCUGCUCCGCGAAGACGAUCCAACCCACCGACCAACCCCACACAGUCUUCCAAGCGAAAAAAGUCCCAGAAUAAAUCAAAGAGUAUCUCUAAUUUGCCAUCUUGCUCGGGGCUUGAAAUGAGUCCCGGAUCGGAAGACUUAAGAACUCUUGGAAGUGAGGAUAGUUCAAACGGUGUAAGCCAAAUUUCGCAGCUACCCAAUUCACCACAAAGUAAGAAUGAUGAGCAUUCCAAUCCUCCCGGUGGUGAUGUUUCUUCUGAAGCGUCAGAAUCAUUGGAUGCCAAAGAUCAAAGGUCACAGCAUAGAAUUUUACUGACAGAACCUUCUCCUAACACCAGCAGGACAGUACUCGUUCAAGAAAAUAUUCAGCCGAUGAUAAAUGUUGAAGGUACAAAGGUUUUAGCUGGGAAACAGUUGGUCGUGGGAAGUGGUGCUACUGUCCCUUUAACAUUGUCAUUACCCGUGGCUGGAAAUGUCAAGCAAGUUAUAUUUCCUGUGCCAGCCGAUGGCAGGUUUGUCGUAGCAAAAGGACCAAAAAUGUACAGAGUCCAUCAAGUUACGAUGCCGACUGGCUCGCCUUUACUCACAACAGCCGGGUCUGGAGCUGUAGUUUUACGUCAGAUGUGUUUAAACAAAUCCAAUUCAACAGUCAAACAAGUGAAACUGCCUGUAGUAUCACAGAUACAGUCACAAAAUCUUACUAAUAUUUCCGCACAGCCUACAGUGGUUCUUCCAUCAGGAUCUCAAUCGUUUACUCUAUCUACAGGAUCAGGUAUAGAGACAGAAUCUUUGGGAAUAGCGUUGGAUAACACCAUACUGCUUAACACAUCGACUGCCUCUUCGUUGGGAUUUUUCCAGAGAAACAUUGGCAAAUCUGGACAGGUCACUUCCCCAAAUGUAUUUACAAAUACUAAACCCUCAUGUUCGCUAGAUCAAAACAAUUCAACGUUCCCGACGAAUUCGGAUCACGCUGGUAAUAGUCUUAAAAGUGAGCCGAUAGUGAGUGGACACGGUAAUCUAGACGCAAGCAAGAAGAGGGUGAACAAUUCUAGUCAAUGUGACGACUUCAAGCCUAAGACUGAGGAGAUUCAGUUUUCAAUUUCAGGAGAAGCCGAGAAAUUGGUGACGAAUGCUAAUUUUAUUGGAGCGGGUGCAAAGAAUUGGUCACAUGUGCUCAAGGAUAUGAAAAACGAUAUGAUUAUUGAUAACCAAGGGAAUAAAAAGCUUUCGGAAAGUCAGACAAAAAAGGAAUUUUCAGACGACAAAGAUUGGGAUAUUAAGGAGUCGCAGACAAUAAAAGAAGGGAAGCAACAUUUGAAAUCAUUAACUCAUACAGAAUCGAUAAAUAAAAAGAAAAACGAUGAUGGUACGUCGUUCAGAGAAGAGCAUGGCACUUCCCACGAGAGCCAGUGUACAAAAGUACAAGGUCUUCCCAAUCAUAGUUCAACUGGCCACCAAUGGCAAUUCAAUGUUGGGAAACUUGAAAAAGGCGUGAAAGAGGUCAAAACUAACCCUCUCUCUCCCAGUGUGCAGGAUGGCAAAACGCAAACGAUAAUGCAAAACAGUGGAUUAGGUUUGAAGAGGAAACUGAACGUUGAAAAUACAAUUUUUCAAGUGGCUUUCAAAAGAUCUGACCGUUUGAAAGUGAGCAAAGAUGAGUUCAUGCAACAACGUAAUUCUGCUUUAUCUCUCGAAAGGGAGUUGAGACUUCAGAAAAGUUUGUCAGAAGAAUGCGAGGAUUUGGGAGUCGACAAACCAAGUACUAGCGAUUUAUUUCCAGAAGCUGAACUGCUUCUUGAUUCAGACCCUCUUAGCAGAGACAGCCUGCAAGAAUUGUAUUCUCGCGGGAUGGAAUCUUCUUCGAGCAGCCACGAUUCUCCAAACCGUUGUAGUCCGCCGGUUCUGUCAGACAUGGUCACUAAUAGAUAUUCUGGGUCUUGGAGAAAAAAGAAAGAAAUCGGAAAAAGGGCAGGUUACGACAAUUCACCGAGGGAUAAUAAUACUCUAAAUAAAGAAAGUGCGUUUGAACAAAAAUCCAACUCUUCUUGCGAGGAAGGUCCGAUCAAUGGAUCAUCGUUAAUAACACCAAACAAUGAAACCAAAACAAUAAAUUCUACAACUCUUGUUUUCAAAACAAGUUCCCAGAACAGUAAAGAUCACGGCAAUAUUGGAUGUGAACAGCAUCCUGCCAUUAAUACUUUAAACUUGAUAGCACACGACAGUGAUAAUUUUUCUGAUGGAGAACCGCAAUGUAACGACAUUUUGGACGCUGAAGGAGAUUCUGACAGUGAGUUACAAAAUUCGUGUAAACACGGAAGUUCAGGGAAAAUGGCUGAUAUGCGUGAAAAUGAUGUAAGCGACAAAAAUCCCCAUGACCCCAAUCAGUCACCUAAUAUCUUAUCUCGUGGUAAUUGCACGUAUACAUACCAGAAUUACUUGCAGAAAGGGAAAUCGCACGAAGAGUCUAAUAUCCCAUGGUUUCAUAUGGUAAAAUCCCAACAUCAUAACGAUCUUGAUGAUGAAGAACUCAGGAAAGGCAAUCUUUCGAGGUCGAGUAUCGUCUGGCGGACUACAGAGAGUAUCGUCGAAGACAUAAGAAGGAACGAUUCUCCGAAAGACGAUUCGCAAGAUAUCAGUUUAAUCUGCGAACAGAGCGUCUUGAGAAAUAACAAGAACACAGGUGUAUACAAGGAGGCGGAAUUGGCCAGCAGAGGUAAAAAGAGAAAGAAAGUCGGCAUGUACCUCUCGAGCGGGGGCGAGGACAGUGGCAGUUCAUUAGACACCCUACUAGAAGAGGCUGACGAUUGUCUAGAAAUUGAACAUUCCAGACGAAACCAGCCUAGGAAAACUAAAAAGGGGUGUUCGUGUUUCAACGGAAAUCAAGAAUUGGCCAAAAAGAAAAAAGAAAUGGGAAGCAGUGACAAGACUGAAAAACCAUGUUCUGCUCCAAAAUCAGCGAGUUAUCAUUCGAUUACCAAUAAAAAACCAGGUAAGCCAGUUGCAAAAGGUGUAAAUAAGAAAAGGUAGUCAGAAUUGUAAAACCCUUUCAUUACUUGUUGCUUCUUUCUAAUGUACAAAAACAGUUUUUUCAGUCUAAGUAUAAACAAGGUUUUCGGCAUGCAACCGUUUCCAGUUUUUAUUUUUAUUUUAUUUUUUUAAGCAAAGUUUAACAAAAUUCUAUAUGAUUGAUAUACUAUAUGGUUAUUUUAUUCUCAAAAAGUAAUAAAUUUAAGUGUUAUUUUAAAUGUUUUGUACUUAUAAAAUGUGCAACAUCAAUGUAGUGAUUCGUUCUUCUUUUUAUAGUCCAAAGUAUUCUUUCAGUAGGUACGUUUGGCCAUGGAACCAUUGGCACAUGCUAUAAACUCCAAAUCAUUUUAAUUAAAAUAUCAACCUAAUUUUUUCAUUAUUUUUAUCUUAUAACUUUAGUAUUCUAAGCUUUUUUUGCAUAAAUAUAUUAUCGUGUUUGAUAGACUGAAGGAUGAGAGCAUAAUUUAAUAUCAGUACCAAGGUCCAUGUUAUUAAACAAAUAAAAUAAAAUUUACACACUGGUAUAUUUUGAACAGAUCUAUUUUUCUAUUAUUGUGCAGCCUUUUUAAUGAUGUAUUUUUUUUUAAAGAUUUAUUUUAAUUGUUAAUAUGAGUACAAUUGGUAACUCAUGAGACCCUCAGGGUCAUGUAUUACUCAAUUGCUCGGAUAUUUUAAAAAUUUGCUUAUAUUAUAGUGAAGUUUUGUCGAUAAUGUUUAUCGAUAUUUAUAGGUUUGUUUGGUAGGGGAAAAAUAUAAAUAAAACGGAGGAAAGGCAUUUUUUUGUUCUGAUCAAUAUGUACUGGCAAGAAAAAAAAAUAUUUAAAACAAAUAAAUGCAUAUUUAUUUGUUUUAAAUAUUUUUUUUUCUUUUUUUAAUUUUUGAUUUCCCUGAAAGCAAGAAGAAUUAAUUUUUGUCACAUUUUAUUCGUAGAAAAAGAGUAGAAAGUAUGUAUGCACAAACCUGUUCCCACCUAUUGUUUCGCAAAGACUUUUCUUUCUUUUUUUCGUGAAAAUGACUGUGAUAAAUUUUAAAUUAAUUUAUUUUAUAGUAUAGAUAGUUUUGUUAAGUGAGAAACUGCCGAUAUUUUGGGUGGCGUAGGUGUCUUUGAUUUAAAUCAAGUCAAAUAAAAAUAAAAAUUAAAAAAAGACUUGUAAGGUUAAUUUUGAUCUAAAUAAUUUUAAGGGUAUAUUAUUGGAAUGUGAUCAACAGCAAUAAAAAUAAAUUGAAACAUUUAUUAUUUCUAAGAUAAGUCUAAUAUUUAAGUGUAUUAAAAAGUUCCAAGUUUGCUGCAUUUUUUUCCAUUAUAAAGAUUUAGCUUAUUUUUUUUUUCUUUUGAUUAGUUUUAGUGCUAUUGCCUUUAGAGCAAUGUUUUAACAAAGUUCAAUGUUAAAGAGAGAAAAAAUGUCAGUUUGAUCGGUCUUUUCGUUAUCAAUGUGGGAUACAAAGUUCAUUCAUAAACGUUUUUCUUUUAAAUUAAGAAUGCCAGUUUUAUGCAAGGAAUAUAAAUAUCUACAUGUCUUCCAUUUAGAAUUGCAAAUACAUUUCAUUUUACCGAAUCCACGUUCCGUUAAAAUUAUAUCCCAAGAUGGCGUUCUAUAAAUGACCAUUUGACAAUGAAAAUAUUUCUUUGCGUUUUUUGCUUUUAAAGGUAUAGCUUUUAAGAUUACAUUUGUGAUUGUUUGAAUUGGGGGGGGGUCUUUAUUUGAGCGGAAUCAUCCACACUUAAAUUUACCUAUUUGGUAAUGUAUAAAACAAAAAAAAGAAAUGAAAAAAGAGUUCGUUAUAUUUUAUUUCUAAAAACCUUUCUAGCAAUUGCACAAAUAUCAAUGUUGACUACUUUUAAUAAUUUAAUACUUACAUUGUAUGUUCAAUAAGGAGGGGCUAGACUAUGACAAAGUACAAAUCAAAGCUUUUAUGUAAAAAAAAAAUACAUUUUUGUAUUUCUAACCUAGUCUUUUCGUUAGCCAAGUCUAACAUCGAAUUGAGUUACCGAUUUAGUUGGCAAUUUAUUCUUUUUUUUCUUAAUUUUUUUUUUUUUUUUUUUUUUUUUUUUUU